CUCACCUCCAACAUCACCAUUCCCAGCGUUGGCGCAACAUGUCUUUACAUACACCCUUAUCCCCCCUUGCCGAUCCCUUUUCACUUGCCAAACUCCAGGUCCUUUUGGUCCCUGUCCACGCCCACGCUCCCAUCUCCAAGUCUACGUUUCACCACUAUACCGAGGUGAUCAAGGGACACCAGACACUUCGCACCGAUGAACUUGUCCCUCCCUUUCACCCCGAAUUGCCCAGAGGCGGAGGACCUAAUCCGCGGCUGAGGUUCUUCCCACAUCUCACUUCGCCUGGAGGGUACGGAGGUUACGGAAGAAAUGGAGGUGGGGGCGGGAGUGGGCAUCAGGUCCACCUGACGUAUACCCAUUCCCCGCCGGCAAAGCAUCUUUAUCCCCUUUCGCUUUUUAGGAUAUCAGAGUUCCCUUUGGUGGUCAUUGGUAUUGCCGUGGACGGCGGUGAGGAUACUUUGUCCCGGACGCAGAAGGAUCAGGAAAUGGAAGGGUAUAAACUGUCGUCAGGAGAAGAGGUGGAAGGUGAUAUAGGAGAAGGCGAGGCUACUCCGACACUACCUACGUGGAUUAAUCCUUCCAAAACCAAGUCUGCUUCAUUGCAAGUCACCCCCGAGACGGCAUUCGAUCAUGCACUCUCUUCUCUUUUCCCUUCUACUUCCCCAUUCCCUCUCGUCAAGCGUCUUGUCGUCGUUCCAAACCCCAAUCUCGGCGCGGACGGGAGCGAAGAGAGAAAAAACAGAGGGGAAGGAGGUGUAUGGUAUGCGCCCCGGGAAGGUUUGGGGCAAUGGAUGAGCCAGCUAAUUGGAGAAGCUGUUGGUGACGCUCUUGGAGAAUUGGGCGUUAUCGCUGCAUCUCUCGAGACUCCAUCGGGUUUACAGACACUUUCGUCGACCAUCCUCCCAUCUCUUACUUGUCUGCCUCCUCCGUCAUCAUCAGCUGAAACGGUCGGGAAUUCAGACAACAACUUCUUCCCCCGCCCGCGAUCCAAGACUCCCAACUCUUACAUCUCCAGGUCUUCUACUCCUUCCAGCACGUCCAGAUCCACCCCGACAAUAGCAGGCGACGUAACUGGUAAAGUCCGGUGUAUCAUCCCGGGUGGCAUCCCCUCCUCUGCUGUUACUGCUGGGGCUGGGGCAACUCAAACUCAACUUCCUAUCGAAUUCCCCUUCCCCAUCCAUAUCACCAAUCCCACCUCUUCCUCCACUUCCCUCACCACAUCUACCUCCACUUCCGCUUUAGGCUCCUCUUCCAUCAACGCCUCGGGCACGGGCAGACCAAGUUCGACGAUAAGUUCUUCAUCGUCAUCCUUGACUAAUCCCUUUAGGAGGUCGUUGGCUGUGUCGUCACCCUUUUCGAGGAGUAGUUCUUCGGCGAGCAUGGCAGGUACAGGGUCGCCCGCGUCUUCGAGUCUGACCAUCACUGGAGGAGGAGUUGGCGGGGUUUCGCCAGGGGUAUCACCUUCGCCUUCCCCAUCCCCCUCUCCUGCACCCACACACGGUCCGAAAUCCUCCCACCCACUUUCCAGGUACACUUCCUACCCUCUCGCCUCCUUCUCCUCUUCCUCCACUUCCACAAACACCACUAUUCCGCCCCUCGCUACAGGCCGUCUCCUAAAGAUUAUUGCCGACUUUCUCCUCCUCUCCGGCCUUUUCUCAGAUAGUAUCGUCUUCUAUGAUGAAGCGAUUCAGCGGUGUAAGGAAGUAGGAGAUGUGCUUUGGGAAGCCGCAGGGAGGGAAGGGAGGGCGGUAGCGGGUAUAGAGGAGGGGUGGGGAUGGAGAGGUGGGGUGACCCAAACACAGCCAUUCCCCUCAUCUCCCAUCCCCAACGAAAUCUUCUCCCAAUUCGUGGCUGCGCUAGGAUGUAUUAGUUCAGCGCCUUUGCUCUUCCCCGAAUCCUCUCCCGAGUUUGAUGCAACGUCAGCAUCAGGAUUGGAACCGCAACAGAUGGCAGACCGCGGGACCCACCUCCUCGCCUACUUGUACGCCGCGCUUGCGCUUCGGUCGGCUCAUUUUUUGUUGAUUGUUUGGGCGGCAGGCGGAUGGGGAGAGGUGGCGUUGGGUUGCUUGGUGAGGCAUGAAUUGCCGAGGUCGUUCUUACCCCCCAUUUCCAAUAUCUCUUCCCUGUCCUCCGUAACCCCCGCCCACGCCAACGAAACCUCGAUGUACGCCCAAGACGAAAAACGGAAAUCCCACCUCCGGGCCUUGUCGGCCAGCUCCCAAAUCCCGCGUCAUUUUAUCCUCUCCUUAGCACGUUUAGCGACUUCUGCCCCCAUCUUACGAUGUCUACAAUCGUCCUCUUCCUCGGAUUUGGGCUCCUCUUCGGACUCAUUUGGUGUAGAAGAGGUGGUAGUAUGGAGGGAAGUGGGGUGGGUAGCGCGGUUGGUAGGGAUGGAGAGGAAGGAAGGAUGGAUAGGGGGGAUGGUUGGGGAGGCCAUAGUGGGGGUUUUGAGUGCCUCGACUGCAAGUGGCGGCCGGAAUGGUGCUGGAACGAGGGAAGGGAGGAAUGGAAAGGCUGGAAGAAUACGUUCGGGUACGGUUGUGACGAACACCAUUACCAAUACCAACACGACGAGUAUGGGGGGUUCGGCGGAUAAGGAAAAGGAUCGACGGUUAUCGACCAUGAGCCAAGCGAGUCUGAGCAGCCAAACGAGCCAGAACACCCAAACCACUCAAACUAGCCAAACUGACACCGAUCCCGCUUCUGCGUCUGCAUCGGUAGGUUUAGGUCUCGGUAUGUCCGUCCACAUUUCAUCCACUCACCCAACAACAUCCGAAAGCGAUUCUCAACGCAGAUCGGGGAGAGGAGGAAUAACGGUCCGCCGGAAAGAGGUUACUCAAGGAAACGCCGGUAUCUUCUCCAUCCUUUCUCAGCAGGCAAGAAUCCUAGGGAUUGACAUUUUGCGGGAUGUAUUCCCGAUCGAGAGGAGUGUAUCUGUCCUUUGGCCACCUGUAGGUUCAGGUGGUAGCAAACGGGAAGAUAAGGGGAGAGGGUUGUCGAGCGGAGGUAUAGUGGGGGUUGAUGACGAGCUCGGUAUAGGUUUUGCCGGAGUUGGCGUUGAAGAUUUUGGAUGGGCGAGUUUGAAACUUGAGUUUUUGAAGAAAAGUAUCACUCUCCUUGGCAAUUUGCCAGACCAUCCCAACACUGUCCGUCUUGCACUCAUCGCUCUCCAUCUUCUCCCUUCGUUAUCACAUCAGUUGGCUCUGCAAUCUGGAUCUGGAGUGGACGGGGGUACACAAAUGGUAUUGAACAGAGUGUAUAUUGCCGCGUUGGGCGUGAUGAAGCGCCGUGGGUUGGCAGCGUAUGGAGCAUGUGGGAAAGGAGAGGUGGGAUGGUGGGUCCCGGGGAGGGUGGUGGUUAGUUUGGAGGUUGCGAGCUUACCAAAAAAUAAAUACCCCACACGACACUCAAUGGCAGAAUUGGUCUCAAAAGCUACCGACGGCAAUGGCGUGGGAGGCAAAAAGGAUGGAAAGGGGCAAGGUGCCAAGCGAGAUCCAUUUUUAUACAACCCUCGAACAAGUAGGAUUGGGAUUAGUGUGGGUGACAAGACUGUGUUAGUAGCAAAUGAGCAAAUCGAAGUCUUUGUGACUUUACGAAACCCCUUCGCUUUCCCAAUGAAUAUCAAGGAUAUGUCUAUUAUAACAUCCGGCGCCCCCCUCCACACCCAAUCAUACGAAGUAUCCAUCCCUGCCUUAUCUAUCCAAACUGUCCGCCUCUCCGCCUUGGCGCCCAGCCCGGGUAUUGUUCAAAUCAGGGGUAUCUCCCUUCGUCUCUCGGACGGUUCUGCCGCAGACUUUUACCUUCCCCUUUUGGACGAUAAGGAAUGUCAAAAGAGGGAACGACAGCGUCAAAAGGAACGAAUACGAUGUCGAGAUGCGAAACGGUCAGGAAUGGACAGGAGGACCGCGUGGGAGGAAGAAAUUAUAAUGAAAGAGGAGAGGAUGAGAGAAGAAAAGGAAAACUUGGAGAGCCUGAAGUGGUUGGAGUGCGAGGUAGUGGAACCGUUGCCGCUGGCUUGGAUAAAGAGUACAACUUUGACGCAUGGAAUGGCGAUGCUGCACAACGGUGAAACCUCGACUAUUCAGAUCACACUCGAAAACACGUCCCCCAUCCCUAUUAACUACCUUAAACUUUCAUUCGAAGACUCUACUGUGCGAGCGGCGACGAGGGUAAUGCAAGAGAAUGAGCUAGGAGCGGAGGAGGCGUACGAGUUGGAUUGGGAUGUGAGGAAUAGGAGUGUUUUUACGUGGGAAAAUCCCAUGACCCUAGGUGCUGGGGAGGGGGACGAAUGUCUCAUCGUACCGGGUGGAAGGAAAGUGUUGAAGAUAAAAUGUCUUGGUAAAGUAGGAUGUAUCGAGGGGCUCGUACGGAUUGACUAUGGCCAUGUUCAAUCUAUAUCUCGAGGUUCGACCCAAACGGACGAUGCCGACCUCCUUACACCCAUAACUACAUCCGCAACCUUCUACACCCGACAAAUCACAUUCCCUGUGCUGUUCACAGUGACGCAUACCCUCGAAUGUCACUCCCUCGACAUCACCCAUCUCGGUCAUUGUGCGAAUAAUGGUUACUCUACCCCAGGAAUUAAUGGCACCAAUAACCUCGAGAUUCCGGAGGAAGAUAACGGCGACCUGAGAAAGGCGUUGGCACGGGAAAACAAUUUGACGCACUGUUUGGUGGGGUUGAGCGUUGCCAACGUAUAUGGCGUACCAUUUGAAGUAUGCUUGUCCCGCAAGGACAAAAGGGCGAAGAGCGAAAAUGUAGAGUGUAGACGGCUUAUCCCCCCGGGAGCUACCGAAAGGUUGAUCGUCCCUAUACCUCGCAAAUCGAUCUCGCAAGACAUCCUUUCUCAACCAAUUCCUUCCCUCUCAGAACGACAGUACGUGGUUGACAAGGAGAAGAAAUCCCGUUCAAGGAUUGCUCUGGAGCGCGAACUUUUUUGGUACCGCGAAGCAUUAUUGGAUAUGCUGGAUCUGACUUGGACAGAACCCGGAUCGCAAAGACACGGUAGCCUUAUACUCCGAAACCAAAUCCUGACUCCUAGUUUACUUCAAGUUUUCAGAGCUGACGCCAUCGACAUUCGUGUGAUUUUGCGAGGACGAGAGAAAGAUGGUGAUGUACAAGCAAUGGAUUUUGUUGAUCUCGUGGUUGAGGUGACUAAUAACUUGGAACGCCCUUACCGUCCAUACAUCAAUCUCGCAUGUCUCCCCACGUCCUCCACAGACUAUUCUUGGGCUCGUCCAACUUCCAUCUACCGUCCUCCUCCCACCGAACAACAUUCACACGCACACCCUCAUCGAAAUGUCUUAUUUGAUAGUUACCCAGCUGGUCCUUUGACGAUGUUGCAAAAGGGCGAGAAAGAUGUCUACGAAGUGGGCAUGACGUUCUUAGCUAGUGGGGAGUACGGCUUCAGAGCUUCAGUUGAAGAGAUCAAGAGAAAAGACCGAGAAGGGGACGUGGAGCAGGUUGGAGAGAGAAAGGUCUGGUUUUCGCCAGUGUUGCAAGUCCAGGUUCUCUAAAAUAAGCGCUUUUUUAUCAUGGAUAACUGAGUCCCAUAUUCUUGAUGUG